GCGCACAAGUCUCUCUCCGGGAAGGGACGAAGCCCUGGUAAAGCUUCCCUGACGGAAUCGGAGUGCGGGACCAUGGAGAGCGAAGGUGGGAGGCCCGCGGCUGUCGUUGCCGUUGUGACUGAACGUCGGUUUGCCCAGCGGUACCGGGAGUAUCUCGAGCAGUGCGAACUCUUGGAUAGGUGGCACCGCGUGGGAACGAUGCCCGGCGGCACAGUGGCUAUACCGGUGCUGGGGGACACCCUCCCCGAGCGGCACCUGCAGGAGCUGAGGACUCGCGUGGCCCCCGGGAGCACUUGUGUGCUCACGCAGCUCCUGCAUCCUGCCCCUUCCAAGAAGGCCUGGGGGUGUUCGCCUGCCCAGAGACUGUGUCGUGAGUUGAGGUGCUGGGCUGAAGGCCGGGGAAUGACGUGGUCGGCCGAGUUAGAGGCCGAUUUGCCCCGAUCUUGGCAAAGGCAUGGUGACCUCUUGUUGCUGAAUGGAGACUGUUUCCGAGCCAAGCCCUGGGAAGGUCUGGAACCGGAACUCUGGGAGAUUGUUGCCUCCGUCCUUGGUGCCCAGCGUUUGGCCAAACGAGCACGGGUAUUACCUGAUGGCAUGCGAACACCAGCAGUGACUUUGUUGCUAGGCGACCACGGCUGGGUAGAGCACGUGGAUAAUGGUAUCCGUUAUAAGUUUGAUGUGACCAAAUGCAUGUUCUCUUGCGGAAACAUCACUGAGAAGCUGCGGGUGGCAUCGCUGUCCUGUGCGGGGGAAGUGGUGGUGGAUCUCUAUGCUGGGAUCGGUUAUUUUACAUUGCCCUUCCUAGUUCACGCUGGUGCUGCUUUCGUCCAUGCCUGUGAGUGGAACCCCCAUGCUGUAGCUGCACUGAGAAAUAACCUGGAGAUCAAUGGAGUAGCAGAUCGGUGUCAAAUACACUUUGGGGAUAACAGGAAACUAAAAUUUUCAAACAUUGCAGACAGGGUGAACCUGGGGCUGAUCCCCAGUUCUGAAGAAGGCUGGCAGGUUGCCUGCCAAAUGCUCCGACAGGAUACUGGGGGCGUUUUGCAUAUUCACCAAAACGUGGAAUCUUUCCCAGGGAAGAAUCUUCAGCCACAGAGAAACAACCAAAUGGAGAAAGAACACAGGCCAUAUCCUCAGCAGAUUAUUAGCAACGAAUGGGAAAACGGAGAUACCAGGAAUUCUGCGAGAAAAAUGACAUCACUAGCCAAGCUAGAGUGGUGGAGGUGGGCAGAAUUUGUAGAAACUCGAAUUACCAGUCUUCUUCAGCAGGUGCAUGGUAAACUGUGGAAGACACAAAUACUGCACAUCCGACCGGUGAAAUCCUAUGCUCCCCAUGUGGAUCAUAUAGUGCUGGAUCUGGAAUGCCGCCCCUGUCCUGUAGUUGGCUAGAGGAAGUGCAUCCCCAUGACUCGAGGGGAUCCAUGUGAGUGGCCCUUCGUGCUUCUGUUCAGGAUGGGUUCUCACCCCUUUUAUUUCUUGGUGGUGGUGGUGGUGGUGGUGGUGGUGUGUGUGGGGGGGGUCUGUUAGCAGGCUCUAGAUCACAUCAUUUGUCAGUGGAAACUGGGAACACCAAGAAAUAUUUGAGAAAACUAGUGUGGCUCAUUAAAUUAAAGCUCAUCUGUGCAAUCAUGAAUUGUGAAUUCAUUACCCGCAUAUGGUUUUACUGUUGAUCUGGUCUUGGAUCUAUUUUUGUGG